AUGGAUGUAAAUAAAAUGCUCCAAGCAUGCCUGUCUAUUGUAGGUUCUGAUAAAGUCCCAAAAUAUAACACAAAAUCAGAAUAUUAUAGCAUGCUAGUCCAUAUAUUUCAAAACCACAUAAAAAUAGAAGGCGGCAAUCAUGAAGAUAAAAUUAAUAAUCAGGCAAACGCUAAAAUCUUGAAUAUAAUUAGAAGCAAAAUCUAUCAGUACUUUAUAUUCAAUCCGCAUGGAAUGGAAGUUAUGUCCAGUUUUUGCGCUGCAUUACAGGGAGAAAUAGAUAUAGAUGGGACAGUUAAGCCCAAAGCUAUCUCUCUCAUUGACGAGCUUUUAAAGCCAAACACUCUUAUAUACGAUCGAUGCUACGGCAUAAAAAGAUAUGUAGACGAUGAUCAACCACUAGACAGCAUUAUGCCACCCGAUGGAAAACCUGAUCUGAGAAAAAGGACGUACACUCUGGGCAUUUUUUAUCAGAGGUUUUCGACUCUAAGCAGUCUACAUCAGUUUAACAUGGAGAAUUUAGAUAUAGAUUUCUACAUGUACAUUGCUAACUUGGUGUCUUCGACAGACAAUAACAUGAGCACUUUAAAAAAAUACUUGCAGAAAAAAGAGUUCUAUAGCUUGAAAGAGCUGUAUAGCCAGAAGUCUAAAAAACCUGGCAGGGAUCUUGUAGACUAUGGAUUGAAUCUUAUUAGCGGAAAAAUCGUUGAAAUUAUGUCCUUGACUAAGAAAAUUAAAGAUAUAGAGAACACGUCCCAAGAUAGAACACCCAUAUCUCAAGAAAUUAACAGCAUAUUUGAUGAUGAGGAAGACCUAAAGAUAGCCCUUUCUGUUUGCGAAAACAUAAAAAAAAUCAAAAGUGAAAAGGCAAUGUACUUUGGCAUAAUUAGCACCAUAGAAUACAUGGCAAAUCAUACUGAUCUCUUGGACAAUGAAAAUGGGCAAAAAACUCUGACGAUAAGUAGCAAACUAGGCAGCUUUAAUAAAGACUACAUAAAGAAGAAAAACGGUCUAGCCGAAAAAUUAAAUGAAGAAAUUGCUAAACUGAAUAAAGAAAUAGAAAAGAAAAAGACAAAGCGUGAUCAAGAGAAGAUAGACAGAGACCAGGCAAUAAAAGAAGGAAAGAGCAACCAAGAGAUUGAAGCACUAUCUCUCUCUGUCAAUAAUAUGGACAACGACAUAUACUGGCUAGAGUGUAAUAAAAAAAAGAAAGACAUGCAGCUUCGUAUCAUUCGUGGAAAUCUACGCCUUUUAGGCUAUAUAGACCCAGACCAGAUAAAAUACAUGGUUGAGAAGAUAAAAGAGUAUGGGAAAAAAUGGAACAUACAUGUAGAAGAAAAACCAGAAGAAAGCAUGCUGAAGAAGGCACAGGCAAUUAUACUAUCCAUAGCUUUGCUUGUUUUUCUCACAGGAGCAGUAUUGUUUUUCUAUUCAAGGCAAGCAGUGAAGGUUUCUGGAGUUAGUUAG